UUUUGGUGAUGCAGUCUAAUGUACAUAUGCAGAGUCACUUAAUCUGAACUCGAACUUUUUUUGGGUGCCGGUGUAAUCUCUGCUACAAUUUCCCAGCACAGAACUUUUAGAAUCGCAUCAAUCUCCACAGUCUACAUUUUUCUUAAACUCCUCGGCCUUAAAUUCUUUACCAGCUUAUGUGACUUUGAACUAAGUAAUUAGAUAAACAAAAAUUCAGAUAUGUGAAGUUGCAACAUCCUUCUUGCUUUCAUUUCUUCUUUGAAAUAGCCAAAUUUCAACUAACUACCCCACUAAGUAAAUACCUUAAAACCGCCCCGUGUGAGCUCCAACAGCUGACGUCAAUUCGUCAUAGCAACGCUCCUCCGGCGACCUAAACAAAUCAACAGCGGCGACACUCUUCGCCAUUUAACAAGCAAAUAGUUGAAAUUUUCACUUGAACUACUUCCUCGUUCGAGCGGCUGUGUCAGUUCACAAAGUUAGUGCAUUAUGCAUUAAGCGUUCGCGCGUCAUGUCACUCUUCAACGUUUGCAACUGGUGGCACACACAGUGCUCCGAUCUGGAGGAGAACUAUGAUGUAGCCAGUUUACUGUGCGCUCGCUUCGGACUUGACGAUAAUGAAAAGGACUAUGUGGUUGUGGGUUCGCAUAGCGGUAACUUGAGCAUUUUCUAUCCACGCUUGGAUCAAAAUCGACGCCAUGAAGAUGGUGGGGCUUUUAGACCGACCGACUUGCUGUUGGAGGUGAAUCUUAAAGCGCCGAUACUGGGCAUAUAUGCGGGGCGGUUUAGUGGUGGACAAUUGGCUGAUGAAAAGCACAAUCAACUUGCCGUUUUACAUCCGCGUUCGGUGUCCAUUUAUAAGCUCCAGGCCAUUGGUGGCGUCGCUGAGCAUGGCGCCCAGCUACGUCUGGUUUCUUUGGCCGAUUAUAAGCUGAAACGUGGUGCGUUGGCGUUGACGAAGGGUGCUUUUGGGCGUGUCAAGGGACGUGAGUUCUUCUGUAUUACGCAUUUGGAUGGCACGCUGACGUUCCAUGAGCAGGAUGGUAUUUUGUACGAAUGUCAAUUGCCGGGUAAUCGUGCAUUACCUGUGCCAGUUGUCUAUUGUGAACGGACGGAUAGCUUUUUUCGCUUUACAGCCGGUUGGAAUUUGGAGUGUUUUACCUAUCAGGACCUUUCGCACUCUUCCUUAAAUCGUUCGGAAUUCCAGCCCUCUUGGUCGAUUUGCAUCGGUGAAGGUAUUGUCGACAUAUGUGUGGUGCAGACGAAGUCAAAUUCAGCCUCAAUUAUGAUACUGGGCGAGCGCAACUUUAUUAGGCUAACCGAUGAUGGAUUGGUAGAUUUCAUUCUGAAAUUGGAUUAUACGCCAAGAUGCUUUCAUUCCUUCGUUAUCGGCUACUAUUGGGAACCGGGCGCACGCUUAAUCACCGCCAUUGCCUCCGAAAGUGGCAAACUCUUCAUUUACGAGGCUGCUAACAUUAUUUGGGCCGCUCAGUAUAAAGACGAUGCACCGGUAGCCAUUCAGCGCUCCAAUUUGCAUGGCUUAGCCGGCGGUAUUGUUGCACUCGGCGACACAGGUCAACUACGUAUAGGCUAUCUUGGCUCCGAGCCCUUUGUUUUUAAAGUACCCUCGGUGGGCAUGGAGGAUCUCAGUUUCAUUCAAGCGCACAAGGAGUUGCAACAGUUGGAAGAAGAAAUUAAGGCCGCAAUCGAUGUCACCGAUCUGGAAGAUAUCGAUAAACGUGCAGCAGAGGAUGUGCGCAUACAAUUUACUAUCAAAGCUGAGACUAGUGAUGAUGCCGAUGUGCUGCUAUUGGAUGUACCCGCACAUGUGGCCGUGAAAGAAUUACCCUCCUGCACGGGCAUAUUGAAGUUGAGAUGUAAGCAGGAGUUGGCUGAGUUACAAGUGGUUUUCAACUUGGCCGAAGGCUUACGCUGUAGUCAAGAUACGCUCGCCUAUGUGGAUAUGAGAGCAGGGCAGGUCGAGACGUUGGAGUUGGACUUUUAUGUGGAUGAUCUGCUGCAUUUGCAUACGGCACGCGUCGAUGUUAUUGUUUCCUUUAUCAGCAAUAAAGGUAUACCGCGCGUCUUGCAACAAUCCGCAUACUUACCGCUAAGCAUGUUCUUCAAACAAAAGCAUCCACAAAAGUCGGCUGAGAUCAAACUUAUAAAUAUUAUGUCGAAAACGCUAACACCCAAGCUAUCUACGUUCUUUCCCGAAUUUGUAGCGAUGGAAAGUGAAUCGCAAGCGCUGGGACUCCUACUACUUUGCCCGGGCGAUGAGAAACGUGAAGAGGUUGUGACUAUUGUGCUGGCAAAGAACUCCAAUCGUCUGCGAAUACAAUCAGAUACAUUAGAGACACUUCCAAUGAUAUUAGAACGUAUAACGAAAGUGGCUUUGGAGCAUGCGCAAGAGUCGCAUACUUCAAAGGAUAAACGUGUGAAAAAUGUGAUAAAUCCCAGAGUGAAAACGAUUAUGGCCAAUCCAGCGCUACCAAUCCACUCCAUUUUGCAUAAGAUCGAUCUGCAUCGCGAGACACAAGAGAAUAUACACAAGCAAAUGUUGGAAUUGGAUUUGUUAUUGCAACAAUUUAAAACAUUACAGCGCAGAUUACAGGAUCACUCUGAGGAUGAGUCCAAGGAAACAUUGGUCAUGCAGAUUGAGGAAAAUUAUGAUCAACUCAUAGCUGAGGGUGAUAAAUUAAUGGAAAUACGCAAACAGGAAAAAGCGCAACGUUGUGGCCUUAAUUGCGCAAUUUCCGUAGCCACUUCACUUAUCGGCGCGCUACGCAUGGAGGAGAAGCUAGUGAAUGUUAUUUGCGCAGUGCUUUGCACACCGAUUGAGGAUUGGACAGAACUGAGUUGGGAGGAAUCAAUGUCGCCGGGCAUUGAUAUGCUCUACCAUUACGGUCCCUUAAAUCGCGUGAAGAACAAUGAAGGCAUAAAUGCGAUUGAAACAAAUGUGACGCACGCAAAUUUUGACUACAGUCGAUUUAGACGUCAUAUGCUCUCCAUAUUCGAACGCAUACAACGGGUGGCGGCUACAACAGAGCUAACAGCUGAAGAAUUAACUGCAGCCAAGGCGGAUGAACCAAAACUUGAGAAAGAAAGAGAAGUUGAUAUAAGUGGACUUAGUGAACUGCUUGAAGUAAUGCCCAGCGAACAGCGAUCCAACUUUGCCAAAUCACGUUUGGUCAGACGUAGCACAUUGGAGGCGGUGGAAGACGACGAUGAGGAAGAGUGUGAUGAAGAUGAUUUGCGCAAAGUUGGCUAUAGAAAAGAGUAUGGCAGUCAACAGAAUAAGACGGGCGAGAAUUCUGAAUGGGUGAAUGAAAAUUACGAGUUACCCACGUCGGAAGAGCUAUUCAGUGAUUUGGGUAUUUGGUGGUAGAGGUUGAAGUUGAGUUGGUUACCAAUUUUCACAGAAUGCAAAAAUAUAUACAUUUGUAUAUAUAUUUAUUGGUUUUGUCUUAAAAACUAUCUAAAUAAAAUUUUAUGCAAUUCGGACCACGGCAACCUGUGCCGACUUGGUUUGUUAAUUUACUCAUUUUACUUCUUUAUAACGCGGUAUUACUAUACUACUUACAGUAUUAGGGCUUAAUAGUCAGGAUUUUUUCCAAAGGACCAUUAAAUUAUAUUAUUCAUAUUUCUAAAAGCAUACACAAAAUAUGGAAAUAUUUAUGGGUAUGAAUUAAAAGAAAAAUUCAAAACAAGAUUAAUGUGUUUUCAAUAUCCUUUUGGAACAUGUCUCAAAUGUCCUUUAAAAAUACUAUCCUUCAAGAUACAUAUUUAUUUUUGAAUGCAUUUUGGAGAAUCUUGGUU